ACAAUUUCCCAGACCAAAACAAAAACCAAUAAUUUGGUACAUACCAUCAUUCAAUGUUCAAUUGUUCAUACUUGGAAGAUAAAGUGCUAUCAAAUUCCACGGAGUGUUUAAGGUCUUAAAAGAAAAGCCAUGCCCAUGGCAUUGCCAAUCUCAAAAGCUACCUGCUACACCCAUCUCCUACGCCAACUUCGUCAGCAUCAAAACCACGUCGUUUUUUCCCGCCGUUGUCGAGUCACCUGCACGGUGGGUCUCAUGCUCUUCCUCACCACCGUGUACAUUUUCUGGCCGUCCGAUCCUGACCUUAAGAUCGUGCGGCUGAAGCUGAAGCGGGUAAAGGUGCACCCUGUGCCGCGCUUCACCGUAGACAUCUCCAUGCUCCUCACGCUGAGGGUACACAACGCUGACGUGUACUCCAUGGACUUCGGAGCAGUUGACGUGGUCGUCGGCUACAGGGGAAAGAGCCUGGGGCACGUGAAGUCGAAGCCCGGGCACGUGUGGGCGAGGGGAUUGUCCUACGUGGAUGCUGACGUGGAAUUCGCCGGGAUUGGUCUGCUCCCUGAGAUGGUGCUGUUGCUGGAGGACCUGGCCAAGGGUACGGUUCCCUUUGAUACUGUUAGUCAGGUUAGGUUCCAACUGGGGCUUCUCUUCUUUCACUUUUCCAUGAAGGCAAAACUAUCAUGUGAGGUUUUGGUCAGUACACUAAACCAGACAAUUGUUCGUCAACACUGUCUUCAUGUGUGAUGAACCGAAGGGCUAGCCAGUAGCCACAAAGUGUCUGCAAAAGAGACAAAAGAUGUUAGCCCCCUCUCCAUAUUUAUACAUCCAUUCAAAUUUAGGUUGGUGCAAUGUGAAGCAUCACUGUGAGACCAUAUAUUCGUACUUAGUAGCUGGUUCCCCAACCCUUGUAUUAAAGUUACAUAUAUACGACGAUCAUUAUUGUAACAGCGGAUAAUGAUUCAGUCUUGUAAAUUAUG